AUGUAUACGUGGUUAAUUGUAUUUUUUAGUUUAUCAACUAUUAUUGUGCCUAAUCAUUUAACGGAAGCAUGUUUAAAAUGUUCAAAACAUACAUAUAGACCAUAUUCGAAGCGUCUUAAACAUUUAGCCAGAUUACCAGGUUCAAGAAAAUUAAAUGACCUUGCGUUAAUCGGGACGCACUCAUCAUUCUCGUACAGAACGACCUCAGAAAAAUCAAAAACUCAAGACCUUAACAUCGAACAACAAUUGCAAUACGGGAUAAGAGUUUUAGACAUUGAGGUGAAGCCAAAAUGUAAUUUAUUUGAACUUUAUGUGAAUAACAUUUCAGACAAAAUAUAUUUUCAUGAUGUAUUUAUCCCAAUACAUAAUUUUCUCAAUGAUAAUCCUGGUGAAUUUAUAAUCAUACAUAUCAAUCAAGUUCCAGAUUCAAUUAUAAAUAAUAGUAAUCCAGUUUACCCUAAUUGUAAAAUAAUUGAUUUUCACAUUAAAAAUAUCUAUGGUGGAUGGUAUUUAACCAAAAACUGGACACUUGAAGAUCAUAUUGAAAAUCAUCGAGGUAAAAUUCUACUCGCAACUUCUGAUGAAUCAUUUUCAAACUGUGCUUUCAACAUUAAAAAACAUUGCCAUGUACAAAGCGACCAAGUUAUUCGUAGGUAUAAAAAGUCACCAAAUUUUUUCCAUAAAUGGGAUUUUAUUGCUAGUUCGAUUGAGUACAGUAAGCUAAAAAGUGAUCACCGAUGUUAUUUGAACGAUAUCAGUUUUAAUAACCACCAACAGAGUCCUCGAUCUUUUGCAAUAGAUGGUGGCUAUAAAUUACAAUCUGAAUGUGCUCAACCAAUUAACAAGCUAAUGACAGAAAAGUUCAUAAAUCCACACCGUGCUUUGAUAAUCAUUUUUGCUGAUUUCGUAACUCAAGAAUUAAUUGAUUUGAUUAAUAGCAGUAAUUUUUUACAGUCACCAUGGCUAGAUUAA